UUGUAGAACUCUCGGCAGGGAAAAGCUACAAGACUCUCCCACCGCCGGCUCAGUCCCAAUCUCUCCAGCCGCGUGAACAGGUGCUUGUAGUUAGUUGAGGCCUAAAAAUAUCCGACAAACUGUGUGAUAAAAAUGUGACUUUUGUGAUAGCAUGUUAAUUCCUGUGUGAGUUCGCGCGCGCGUUAAUUAAAGCAGCCAGUUACGUCACCACGGUGCUGCGUAUUUCGUUGGGGGCGCAAAUAUUUGCUCGCGAAUUCAUCAUCAGCUGUGAAAUUGUUGAGGAAGACCGGUUCCGUAGUACGCACCGCCGCUGGUUUGCGACAGUCGUCUACGCGCAGUAGGGACGUUCUUCCGAUAAGACUGGUAGUGAUCUCUGCCAAGUGUUCAGUACACAUUACGCGGUACGCGACCGGACAACGCGUUGAAAGUGGACAAGUGUUCUUGGAAGGAGUGAUAACUGUGCUACACCUCGUUUCUUGAAGUACCAAGGUUGAAGAUUGUGCGAUAUUGGACAGGGUUUCGUAAAAAAGUAACACUCAAGAAUCUUGUCAACGAGAUUGUGUCAGUGCGAUUGCAUAAAGUUGGGCAACAUGCGCCUGAAAGUAGGCACGGCUUUGUUGUUCUUGCUAGUUCUAGCAAAACAAGGUCGAGCCCUUCCGGGACUGCUGGAAGGAAGUGGAGAUUACGACGACACAGAGGUGCUCGGCACCUCGAAGAAUCCGUACGCGGCUACCAAAUCGGUAGACGACGAAAUUCCGGAUUCUGGCGAUACCGACGGUGCGAACUACCCGGAGGAUGACGAUGAUUACGACGUUACAGAUGACGGUGGUGAGUCCGUACAAAGCAACAACGCUACCACCAAUACAAAGUCCUCGAUAGCAUCUCUGGACACUGGACCCAUCCGGUUCAACCUGAUGGAGAGCUUCGCAACGGAUGUCAAAACAAUUGACGAAGACAUCUUGGAUCCAAUCGAGUCCGACGAUGGAAUCUACCCUGAAGAUGAGGACGAUUACAACAUUACGGAUGUCGGUAGCGAGUCCGCCAGUACAAAGUCUCCGUUGGACAGUGGACCCCUCCGGUUUAAUCUGAUGGAGAACUUUGCGUCGGAUAACGAUACGUUUGAGCCGGCGCUGACUGCGAAGAAAGAACCGGAAGUUCAAAGCUGUAGCGGACACAAGAAGCUCGCAUCGCAGCCGGCUUUUGUCAACAGCACGGUCAACGUUAUCAGGAAGUGCUGUCCACCGGGUGAAAGCAUCCAGCUGGGUGACCGACCGGGUCAGGCCGCCCUAUGCCGUCCCGGGGAACCGCACGGACCCUUCCAGGUGGAUGCCAUCUACGCCGCGUUCUACGAGCUGUGCAUCGAAGAUCUGGAGGAGCCGGUUCCACCGCCCCUCGGAGUGGCCUACGGAAAUCCGUGCACCCACGAGCACGACAUGCUGACCUACAGCCAGGAGUGGCACGACCUGCUGUACGUGGUCCAAAAUGGGUCGCUGCUGGUCACCAACGGUCACGCCAACUCGUGCAACCUGUUCGAUCUGUACUGCUUGGACGUGAACCGCGACGGAGGGGCGCUGACGGCAUACGUGUGCUACUCGGAGGCCCGCUGGAACCUUGGCGGGGACAUCUUCCGGGGGCAGAUGCUGGCGCUGGCACUCUGUUUGAUCUUUGCCAUUCCGCUGCUGCUGGCGACGGCGUACUUUUACGUGGCGAUUCCGCGGUUUAACGAUAUCCACGGGAAGGCACUUUCGCUGAAUUGUGUCAACUUUGCGAUUGCACUGCUGCUGGAGAGCAUCUUCCAGCAUCGGACGAAGGGCAAUGGGUCGACUGAUGAUACGAUUGUGCUGGCAAACUAUGCUGAGUACUUCAUUCUGGCCACGUUCUUCUGGUUGCUGGUGAACUGUGUGAACAAUUGCAUUCAUGCUUGGUAUUUCCUUCCAAGGGGCAUCCAAAUCAAAAUGGGUGGCGAAAAACGCACUUUUGCACUGUACGCUGCCUUCGCUCAACUGUCGCCGUUGGCCAUCAUCUUGCUUAAUCCGCCACACGCAGACCACACCGCGGUCAAGCACUACUUCUUCGUGCCGAUCAUCGUGAUCAUCUCGCUGAACCUGCUUAGCUUCGUCAUCACGUACUGGGGCUUCCAGCGGGUCAGCAACAUGCUGAUCGAUCACUACAUCACCAGGGGUCGACUUAGUGGCACCACCAGCGGCGAUUCUUCGCUGGCCAACCUGCCCAACAUCCGGCAGGUGGACGUGAACCGGGCCAAGUACAUGACCAAAUACACCGCCAUGCUGUUUGUGGUGAUGUCCGGCGUGUGGAGUGUCACAAUUGCCACGUACUACACCACGCGGACCAUCCCAAUUCUGUACGACAUCCUGUUUGGGCUGCAGGGCAUCCUGAUCUUCAUCAUCUUCAUCUGUCUGCCGAGACCGUUCCGGACGGUGAAGGGCUGGUUCCAGAAGAACCACUACUGCGGCUGCCAUCCCGAUCCGGACGAGGUGGAUCUGCGGCGGAACCGAAACUCGUACCGGGUUAGUGGCACCACCAAUGGUGCCAAUAAUGGCGCGGCGAGGGAAAGUGUCCCGCUGAACAAUGUGACCGUGACGAAGGUGGCAUCAUGAAGAGUGAAAGGGUGUCACUCUCGGUUUCUCUCGCUUCUAUUUCUGUCGUUCGAAUUUCAGUAGAUAAUUUUAAUAAAAUACUGUAAGUCAUGUGGUUACUAUAAGUUUUGAAAUAAAAUCUAUGUUAAAUUAUA